AUGAGGAACCCCAGUUUCAAUUGGGAGAAACUAGAUAAAGUAUUCUUUCGCUCUAGAGAGCUUUGUAAUUUAGAAUGGCCUCAACAGGAGCAUGUUGUAUACAGUAUUUCUACUACUCUAGUGGCUAUUGAAUUGGAUGAGACGAUACAGGUUUACAACUAUUUUGGGGAAACGUUGGCUAGUUGGAAUUCAAAGCAAUUUGGUAAAGUACUCAAGAUUGAGUUUGACUUUGAAGACCAUCUCAUAAUCGUUACACCGUCCACCAUAUUCCGUAUUACCAGUUGGUCACCAUUGGAAUAUGAUUCAACUUCUUUGGAUGAAAAUCUACAGGAUUCCAUUUGGGACUAUAAAAAUGGUGCCAUCAUUUUAAAACGUACACAGGAUGUAUACAAACUCAAGGACGGUGCCAUUAAAGAAGUUUGUAGGAAUGAUGGUAGAUUUACCCUAUUGACCAAGGAACACUGGGAUUGCAAUGGUAAGAAAAUAAUUUUACUAGACGUUAACCACACAUUUCAAUUAGAUUUAAGACGUAAAAGCUUGAUCCAAUGGUUAUCGGAUUCACAAUGGCAUAGAUGCGUAAUUUCUAGGGCAAAUAAAGUUAUUCUUUACAAUGCCAAGUUGAACAAAAUACAAGUUUACACAGAUUCCAAGGCACCUCAAUCGGAAUUCGCUGUGCAUGAUAUUCCAUCAGCUAUUAUGUGGUGUGGUAACGAUACAGUGGCAUGCGCAUUUUCAGAUGAAGUUAAACUGUAUGGUUCCAACAACUCUUACAUUGCAUUCUGGUAUCCAAGUGAAAUUAUGGCCUUGAAAACUGAGGUGGAUGGAUUGAAAAUAUUCACCAGUGAAAAAAUACAUUUUAUUUCCAAAAUAGCAGAAUACACUUCUAGUAUUUUCCGUGUGGGAUCCACUGAAUCCGGUGCAAUACUGCUCGAUUCUUUGGACCUUCUAGAGACUCAAACUUCCAGAGCAUUAGAAAACUUGAAUGCAAUUGAUUUGGAAAAAGCAAUUUUUGAUUGUAUGCAUGCUGCACAGGAAGAAUUUUCUCCACAACUACAAAAGAAACUUUUGAAUGCUGCAUCUUUCGGUAAGGCUUCUCUGCCUUACAAGGAAUUUGAUUCUGACAUAUUCGUCAAAGCGUGUGACAAUGUUCGCCUUUUAAACGUUUUAAGAACAAUGGGUAUCUUUGUCACCAAUGAACAAUACAAAUCAAUCACUUUCCAUGGCAUUAUCCAAGGAUUACUUAUGUGCCACAAGUACUAUCAGAGUAUUCUGCUUUGCGAGAACCUAAAGGAACAUAAAGAAUUACUUGAGGUUUUUGCCCAUUGGGCAACUACAAAGAUUAAGGUAUCAUCUGAACUAGAUGAUGAAGAAUUAUCCAAAUUGAUUAAAAAACGUUAUGCGGAAUUACCGAAAGUUGGCCACCCGCCCAUGGCGAGAAUAGCACAUAGCGCAUUUUUGGAAGGAAGAUUUCAACUGGCGAGGGAUCUUGCUCUCCUAGAAUCAUCUCCUGAGCUCAAAGUUUUAGAACUUCUCAAAUUAGAUGAUGAUUCUCUAGCUCUCUCAGAAUGCCUAAAGUUUCAAUGUCCAGAAUUGACAUUAUCAGUUUUGCUUGUCAUGCGCAAGAAGCUCAGUACUGCCCAAUUAGCCAAGUUACUAAUCCUGGACAUGCCACAAGACCAACUUUACCCAUACCUACAAAGGGGGAACCAUGAAUUUUUGUUCGAUUAUUUUAGACAAACGGACAGUUUCAUAGAGCUCGCUCACCUGUUUCUAGCACAGGGCAACAAGGGAGAAUCACUAAGGCCAUUCCUACCUCAAAUUCAAGAACUAUAUGGAAAAGUUUUAAACGAUAAUCUAAUAAAACAAGAUAAAGAGCUUUUGAAAAAAAAUCAUAAGCUGCUAGAUUAUCAAGAUGCAUUGGGCAAUAAGUAUCACCAUAAUUUCGUUGGAUUAACACUUGACCAAACUAUAGCAUCUCUGAUAGAAAUUAAACAAGAGCGUGAUCUGGGUGGAUUAAUAAAGGAAUUUAAAAUAUGUGACAAAAAAUUAUGGCACAUUAAAUGUAAGGCGUUGGUUAAAACUAAAUCAUUUGACGAUUUGUACCAAUUUGCUAUAUCUAAAAAGUCUCCCAUUGGCUACAAACCAUUUUACAACUAUUUGAAAAGAAAUUCUCAUAACAAAGAAGCAUCAACGUACAUCAGUAUGAUAUCUGGCAUAUCAUAUGAAGAGAGAAGACAGAUGUAUUUGGAUUGUAAAAAUUAUCAAAGCGCCAUCGAUUUAGCGGCAAAGGAAAAAGAUAUUCAAGGACUAAAAGAAUUACAUAAACUUAUCCCAAACAACGAGACACGAUUUAGAGCGCUUAUCAUGGAGUUAGUGAACAAAUUAUGA